UGUCACUUGUCUAUGGCUUUCAGCAGCCAUUUGUUAUCGUACCACACCAGACAAUUGUGAAUCAAAAUGUUGCGAUCCACUUCAGGUAGAUUAGUAAAUGCCCUGAAAAAAUCCUUGGUCUCACCUACCAGGGUGUGCGCCGUCAAUGCUGUGAGGAGGUCGCACGAUGGCCCCGAGGAAUCCCACGAAGAAUUUGAUGCCAGGUAUGAGGCAUUCUUUAACAGACGGGACAUCGAUGGCUGGGAGAUCCGCAAGGGGAUGAACGACCUGAGUGGUAUGGACUUAGUUCCUGACCCAAAGAUCAUCCGUGCUGCCAUGCAUGCGUGCAGGAGGGUGAAUGAUUAUGCACUGGCUGUUAGGUUCAUCGAAGCUUGCAAAGAAAAGUGCGGAAAUAGGGUAAAUGAAAUCUACCCUUACAUCAUCCAGGAGAUCAAACCCACACUCGUGGAACUGGGAAUUGACACCCCAGAAGAGCUGGGCUACGACAAACCUGAACUGGCUUUAGAAAGCGUCUAUGAGAUGUAGGGUGGUACAGGAGUUAGUAGAAUUUAUGCGAUAGUAGUUGUAACAUUUUAUUUAAUUUAAAUGGCGAGACCACCAAUUCAAUAUGAGUAUUCCAUUUUGUUUUGCCUUGUAAAAACAAUUGUUAUAAAAUAAAUGUUUCUCUAAUGGGGGAAUGUUGGAAAACUG